ACGUAGGGGACUACGCUGUGACAGCGGCGUCAGAAGUGACGGAGAGCCCUGCAAGCACGGCGCAAAGACUCGGCACUGGUAUGGUAUGCAUUCAUCCCAUCGGCUACGCAAACGAGAGUGAACAUGCUGCAGUUAGCUAGCUUAACCUCUGACUACAUCUGGGGCCGGUGAAGGCCCAUUGUGCCACCCCUGGAUCCAGGUCCCUUUUCUCGGUUGGGUUGUGUGAUCAGCGGAUAAGCAGGAGGAAAAGGACUCCCUGUCCCGCAAUCCGGCAAACCCAUUUCCAGCUCUGAUGUCCCAUUCGCAUUGACUGACCCGUAACCAUGAUGCCGAUGAUCCUGACGGUGUACCUGAGCAGCAGCGAGCAGGCGGUGACGGAGGUGCCCAUCACCCCGGAGACGCGUUGCCGGGAUGUGGUGGACUUCUGCAAAGAGCCCGGAGAGAGCGGCUGCCACCUGGCCGAGGUCUGGAGGGGCAAUGAGAGAGCCAUCCCCUUCGACCACAUGAUGUACGAUCACCUGCAGAAGUGGGGCCCCAGGAAACAGGAAGUGAAGUUUUUCCUGCGGCACGAGGAGUCGCCCACCGAGAGCAGCAGCGACCAGGGGAGCCAGCAGCCUCAGGACCAGGCCAGGAGGAAGAAUGGGGGGAGUGUGGAGAAGCCCUGUGAGAACGGGGUGGGAAGCCCCCGUGUGGAGCUGACUCUGCUGGAGCUGCAGGAGAUGGCGUCCCGCCAGCAGCAGCAGAUCGAGGCGCAGCAGCAGAUGCUCGUCGCCAAAGAGCAGCGGCUGCGCUACCUGAAGCAGCAGGAGAGGAGGCAGCAGCAGACGGAGACGGAGAGCGAGAAGCUGCAGAGGCUGAAGGAGCGCGUGGAGAGCCAGGAGGCCAAGCUGAAGAAGAUCCGCGCCAUGCGGGGCCAGGCCGACUACAGCAAGGUCACCAACGGCAACCUGUCAGCGGAGAUGGAGCACAUCAACGGCGUGUUCCAGGAGAAGCAGCAGGAGCUGCAGGUGGCCGUGCUCAAGGUGGACCAGCUGACCCAGCAGCUGGACGACCUGCGCCGGGGCAAACUCACGCUGGGCGGGCAGGUGACCGGCACGGCCGCGCUGGAGCUGCGCAAACUCUACCAGGAGCUGCAGAUUCGCAACAAGCUGAACCAGGACCAGAACAGCAAGCUGCAGCAGCACAAGGAGCUGCUGAACAGGCGCAACACGGAGGUCACCCUGAUGGACCGGCGCAUCGCCGAGCUGCGGGAGCGCCUCCAUAAGAAAAAGGCAGAGCUGAACAGGAUCAAUGGCCCCCCCUCCCCCCAGCCGGCCGCGGGCGGUUCGGGGCGCGUGGCAGCCGUGGGACCCUACAUCCAGGUGCCCGUGCCCACCCGCCAGGACAUGCCCCCCGAACCGCUGAAACCGCAGUCCCUCAGCGUGCCCCCUCCCAUCGGCCACGCCCACUCCAAAACAGAGACGGAGGGGCGUGGCCUGAGAAAGCCCCCCACCACCUGGAAGGUGUCAGAUUUAGACAUCGUAGUGGACCCCCUGUUGCCUUCCUCUCCCGGGGCGCCCUCCGGGUCCGACGGAGUGUCCUGUGAGCCUGCAGCCAACGAAAGCGAUUGGCCCGUUCUAAGCAACGGUCCCCCACCGCUCAAGCCCCCCGACAGGAAGGAGACGAACGCGGACGGGCCCGGCAAGACGGGCCCCCCGGUCCCCACGGCGACUCCGCCCGACAAGGGCCCGGACUCCGCAGGGCCUAGGCCCGUGGGGCCGACGCCCCCCUCCCAGAAGCCGCCGCCCCCGCCCUACGGCACGUACCCCUGCACGGGCGCCCCGCCCCCGCCGCCCGGCUCCGGCAGUCCCCUGGAGCGCCGCCGGGACAGCCUGCCCCGCCCCGGCCCGGCGUCGGCCAACCCGGCGUGGCAGAGGGCCCCGCCCCCCACCGGCUCCUCCUCCCAGCAGAUCCAGCAGCGCAUCACCGUCCCGCCCAGCCCCACCUUCCAGCCCCCGUCCCCCCUCUUCCCCCCCGCCGGGGAGAGGCAGGACCCCCUGCUGGCGGCCGCCGUGCGCCCCUUCGUCCCCGACAAGGGCUCCCGGCCGCAGUCGCCCCGGAAGGGCCCGCCCACCGUCAACUCCAGCUCCAUCUACCACAUGUACCUGCAGCAGGCCGCGCACAAGGCCCACCCCCUCAACAGCAAGCUGGCGCUCAAAGCGGUCUACGGGAAGCCGGUCCUGCCCUCCGCUUCCUCCACGCCCUCCCCCUUGCCCUUCCUGCAGGGGGCGCCGGGCGCGGGGGUCCCGGGAGGCGGGGAGGAAGGGGCCGAGAGGGGGGGGGAGGGGGACGUGGAGGGCCAGGCGCCGGGGCCCGGGGAGGCCCCCCCCCCCCACCCCGGCGUGGAGAACAUCCCGCGGCCGCUGAGCCCCACCAAGCUGACGCCGGUGGCGCACUCGCCGCUGCGCUACCAGAGCGACGCCGACCUGGAGGCGCUGCGGCGCAAGCUGGCCAACGCGCCGCGCCCGCUGAAGAAGCGCAGCUCCAUCACCGAGCCCGAGGGCCCCGGGGGCCCCAACAUCCAGAAGCUGCUGUACCAGCGCUUCAACACGCUGGCGGGGGGCAUGGAGGGCGCCGGGGGCACGCCCUUCUACCAGCCCGCCAACCCCCCCGAGUACCCGGGCCCCCCCGCCGCCGCCGCCGCCGCCCCCACUGACGUGGAGAACGGGAACGCCGCCAACGGGAACCCCCCCGACUUCCCCCCGCCGCCCGCCGCGGAGCCGGCGGCUCCGCCGCCCCCCGCCGCCCGGCUCCUCCCCCCGGUCCUCGGACAGCAACGACAACCGGGUCCUGCCCCGCCCCCCCCUCCGGAGCAGACCUCCGGCCCCUCCCUCCUGCCUCGGGACUCCGUCGAGGACAGCAACAAUAACCCCGCCCUCGCCGCCGCCUCCGACGCGCUGCCCAGCCCCAUCCCCGAGGAGGAGGGGACUCCGCCCCUUGCCACGCCCUCCUCCCAGCACCUUAAGCGCAGUAACCUGAAGAAGCCGGACUCUGAGCGCACGGGCCACGGCCUCAGGGUCAAGUUCAACCCCCUGGCCCUGCUGCUGGAUGCCUCGCUGGAAGGGGAGUUCGAUCUGGUCCAGAGGAUCAUCUACGAGGUGGACAACCCCAGCAUGCCAAACGACGAGGGCAUCACGCCCCUGCACAACUCCGUCUGCGCCGGCCACCACCACAUCGUCAAGUUCCUCCUGGACUUCGGGGUCAACGUCAACGCCGCGGACAGCGACGGCUGGACCCCGCUGCACUGCGCCGCCUCCUGCAACAGCGUGCACCUCUGCAAGCUGCUGGUGGAGUCCGGGGCCGCCAUCUUCGGCACCACCAUCAGCGACGUGGAGACCGCCGCCGACAAGUGCGAGGAGAUGGAGGAGGGCUACGUCCAGUGCUCCCAGUUCCUCCGCGGCGUGCAGGAGAAGAUGGGCGUGAUGAACAAGGGGGCGGUGUACGCGCUGUGGGACUACGAGGCCCAGGGCGCGGACGAGCUCUCCUUCCAGGAGGGCGACGCCGUCACCGUGCUCAGCCGCAAGGACGACAGCGAGACCGACUGGUGGUGGGCCCGGCUCAGCGACAAGGAGGGCUACGUCCCCCGAAACCUGCUGGGGCUGUACCCCAGGAUCAAACCGCGCCAGCGCUCCUUAGCGUAAACCCCCUUGCCCCCCCCCCCCCCAUUCCCGGUUGAAAUUUUGGACCGUAAGCACUACCGUUCCUACCUGUGCCGCUGUUUCUUGCGGGAGAUCUUCCCCGGGACCUCAGGGAGGCGCUCUCCGAAACGGCAGCCCAUCUGAGACGCGUGCAGGACAGGACAGGGGCGGAGCUGCCUCUUUGCUUCAGGACACAACGCACAACCAGACCUGAAAAAAAAAAAAAAACAGACCUGACUAAACGCUCCGGUCUCCUUGGCGACAGAACAAAGUGCUUUUUUCAAUGGCGGUUAUAGGUUUUUUCCUUUCACUUCGACGUCUUCGAUCCAGGCUGAGAGAAAACGGCUGUUGCCAGGGACGACCGUCUGAGGCGCACGGACCUGGGGGAGGGGCUUCGGAGGCCGGGCGUGGCCGGGGGGGGGGCGGCCAGGAGGAGCGCGAACACGAGAAGCAUGGGUGGGGUGUGGCGGUUUAUUUAUUUUUCGGGUAGCUCUGUACCCCAGGGGUGGCAGGAUGUGGCUAAUCUAUCAGAUUGCAGCACAGCGACUGAUUUUUCCAACUGCUUCAUGUGCAGCAUUUCAGGAAUGCUUCUUCAAUCAAAACUGGCUUUUGUUAGAGGUUUCCUAUCAAAGCCAGUGUGCAGAUGUCCAAAUGUUGUAUAUUAGCACACUCUGGAUUUGUUUUCCCUAUUGCAAUUACAUCCAGUUUUCCCCUCCCCCCCUCAUGUUUUUAGUCUUGUGAAUGAUUACCUCUCCAGCAACGCUUUACAAAAGAGCUGAGCCGCAAAAAAAGAAACUGUAAAUCCCGUGGUGACGGCGAGAUUAUUGUCUGCUGUAGGAAGCAAAGAAGCAAAGUGCGUUCUGUACAGUGUAAAGAUGUGGGCCUUUUGUGAUCUGAUCUGUAAAUGUACACAGUAAAAUGAUUCCCCCAGCAUGA